CAUUCAUUCUUCCAUCAUGGGAAACUAGCAACUGUUCUGAUCACUGUAUGAUUUUUUUUUAAGUCCAUGGAGUUUUAGCUGUUCUUGUUGCAGAUUGUUUCAGCCAUGGACUCAAACGUUGAAAUGGCAGCUCCCAUGCCUCUGAUAAAGGAUAUUGAUGGCAAGCUUGAAGUCUGUCCAGAAGCCAUUGAGAUGCUUUCUAAAAUCCACCAACCGGUUGUGGUGGUGUCCAUUGUGGGAUAUGCUAGAACUGGCAAGUCCUAUCUGAUGAACAAGCUGGCUGGCAAAAAUGCAGGUUUCAUUCUGGGGUCUUCGAUACAGUCGGAAACCAAGGGAAUCUGGAUGUGGUGUGUUCCCUACCAGGGCAGGCCUGACCAAACUCUUAUCCUUCUGGAUACUGAAGGACUAAGCGAUACGAAAAAGGGCGAUGUUAAAUAUGACUGCUGGAUCUUUACCUUGGCUGUUCUCCUGAGCAGUACACUAAUCUACAACAGUUUGGGAACUAUUACGCAGCAGGCCGUGGACAACCUUCACUUUGUGACGGAGCUGACUACGCGCAUCAAAGCAAAGGCAUCACCCAUCUACCCAAAGGUAGCAGAUAGCUACGAAGAGGUAGCAGAUUCUGCAGAGUUUGUUGGCUUCUUCCCAACAUUCAUCUGGACCUUGAGGGAUUUUACCUUGGACCUGGAGCUAGAAGGACACCCCAUCACUGUGGAUGAGUAUCUGGAUAUGUAUGGCUUGGAACUUAGGAAAGGCGACACGGAAGAAAUCCGGCAGUACAACUUACCUCGUGAAUGCAUACGGAUGUUCUUCCCCACCCGGAAAUGCUUUACCUUUGAGCGUCCUACCGAAACAAAGAAACUGAAGUACCUAGAGAUGAUGCAGGAGGAAGAGCUGAAUCCUGACUUUGUGGAACAAGCUGGCCAGUUUUGCCAUUAUGUCUAUGAAGAGUCUAAGCAAAAGACCAUCCCUGGAGGCCAUGUCCUCACUGGACACUUGCUGGCAGAACUGGUAAAGAUUUUUGUGGACACCAUCUGCAAGGGUGACAUUCCCUGCAUGGAGAAUGCAGUGGUGCACUUGGCCAAGAUGGAGAACACAGAGGCCUUGUGUGAAGCUACUGCUCACUAUGAUGGACUGAUGGAGCAAAGGCUGAAUCUGCCCACAGAGACUUUCGAGGAGCUCCUGGAAAUACAUGAUAAGUGCGAAGAGGAAGCCCUCCAGGUAUUCAUGGAUCGCUCCUUCAAAGAUGAUACAUGCCAUUUCCAGAUUGAGCUUAUGGAAACCAUGAAUAAGAAGAAAGAGAAUUAUCGUCAGAAGAAUGAGCUGUCAUCCUCAAAACGUUGUUCAGAUAUCUUGGCACUUCUGUCUCAAAAUUUAAGGGACAAGAUCAAAAGAGGAAGUUACAUCAGAUCUGGAGGCUACCAGCUUUUCUUGAAAGACCGGAAGAUAAUGAAAAAAAAAUAUCAUAAUGAAUCUAGGAAAGGUGUAAUGGCUGAGGAGGUCCUGAAGCAAUUCCUCAAGGACAAGGAUGAGGUGGGCAAGACCAUACUUCAAACUGAUGAACGGCUUACAGAGAUAGAGAAGGAAAUGGCAGAUGCAAAAGCAAAGGAAAAGACAGCAAAGCAGGAGCUGCAGAUCCAGAAGAACAAGGAGACCAGGCAAGGACAGCUGAAGCAGCAGAACGAAAGGAGUUUUUGCACACACAUACAACACCUAAUAAGAAAGAUGAGGGGAGAACAUACGAACGUGCUGGAAGAGCAAAACAGGAUAAUCAGUGCAAAAUCCAAGGAGCUGCACUAUUUCCAGGGACAAAAACUCUUUGCCCAUGCCAGCCUGAUGCAAACAGAGAUAAAUUAUUUCGAACAACGGAGAGCCCAAACUGAGAUCUCAUAUGCUACUUCCCCGCGCAUGGAGAAACUGCUAAGUGCGGCCAUUGUUGUCUUAGGAAUCUUAGCAAGUAUCGCUUUGGUUCUGCUUCACACCCUGCUAAAGUUAUAAUAAACAAGCGGGAGCCAAGUUUCAUGAGAAUUUACUUAGCCCAAUCAUCUUUGUUAGCCAAUAUACUCUUUAACAUAUGACAAGUUUUGAAGUAGGGUAAUAACUAGUUACUAGUAACUAGUAGUAGAGUAACUAGUGACAUAGAUUUUCAGUGCUGGGGAGUGGAUUCCAAGUAUUAUUUUGCUUGCUUCUUCCCCGUUGUGCUCCUUUUAAUUAACAUCUUACUU